GUUCUUCACUCUGUCAUCAUUUCCUUUUUCUCAUUCUUCUUUCAAUUUUCAACCAGAACCAAUCAUGUCUCAACAACAACGCUCGCAUAUCCCGAAGUUUGGGAGUUGGGAUGCUGACAAUGUCCCUUACACAGCCUACUUUGACAACGCACGAAAAGAUAAAGAUAAAAACAUGAAAUUUGGAGGCAAGAAAAGUACAACCUCAUCAAAAGUAAGUAGUGAAAGGAGUUCGAUCUCAGAUUUAUCAAGUAAGCAACAAAGUUACAAAUCAGAUCGAAAAAAGAGCUCAAACACAAACACAAGAGAAAUGACAAGUAAUUUUGCACCACCUUCACCUUCACCUUCACCUUCGUCCGCACCCAAUAGACCAAGAUAUGGAUAUAAUCCAGCCGAUGAUAUUGUGUCACAUAGAUCAGCAUCGGUCCCAAUGUUUGGGGCAUGGGAUGAAAAGGACCCAAGAUCUGGAGAUGGUUUUACAGUUAUCUUUCAGAAAGUCAAAGAGGAAAAACACAUUGCAGCCACCAAAUUCCCACCAAUCCCUCAACAGGAUAAUCCCGAUAUCCCCAAAAAUCCUACAAAAGAUAGCAAAAGAAUCAAGAAAUGGUGCUGUCUGUAUUAAAAAGAGAAGGGACUGCAGCUCCACAUUGGUUUUUUAAGAAUGUAUGCAUAAUUUAUUGUUAAAUCAAUUAUGUUGUCAAACUAUUAUUAUUAUGAUUAUCCGGCGUUAAAUUUUAUUGAUUUAUAUUUGUGAUUUCAACCCUCCUAGGGACAAAAUCCAUAUGUUUCAUUAUUUUUUAUUUAGAG